GCGAGAUCUUUCGAGACUUUGCACGGCUCCAUUCAUCCCCGUGUGUGGCUGCUGGCCUGUUGACUGUUCGCCGCUCGUGUCCCUUCGCGCUGCUCACUCUGCUGCAGUCAUGUCUGUGGUGGGCUUUGACUUGGGCUUUCAGAGCUGCUACGUUGCCGUGGCCCGUGCUGGAGGCAUUGAAACAGUUGCUAAUGAGUAUAGCGACCGCAGCACCCCAGCAUGUGUUUCAUUUGGUCCCAAGAACAGAACAGUUGGAGCAGCAGCAAAAGGCCAAGUGAUAUCGAAUGCAAAGAACACAUUACAGGGCUUCAAAAGGUUUCACGGCAGAGCAUACACAGAUCCAUUUGUCCAGGCUGAAAAACAUGGCAUUGCUUGUGAAGUUGUUGAAUUGCCUACAGGAGCAGCUGGUUUCAAGGUGAUGUAUCUGGAGGAGGAGAGAAGCUUUACCACAGAGCAGGUGACAGGAAUGCUCCUGACCAAGCUGAAGGAAACUGCAGAGAGCGCGCUGAAGAAACCUGUUGUGGAUUGUGUUGUAGCUGUUCCAUGUUUCUUCACUGAUGCCGAAAGGAGAUCUGUUAUGGAUGCCACACAGAUAGCAGGGCUGAACUGUUUAAGGCUAAUUAAUGAAACUACUGCAGUUGCCCUUGCUUAUGGAAUAUAUAAGCAAGAUUUGCCUGCCCCAGAAGAGAAGCCAAGGAUUGUGGUCUUUGUGGACAUGGGGCAUUCUGCAUAUCAAGUGUCUGUGUGUGCAUUUAACAAGGGAAAACUUAAAGUUUUAGCCACUGCGUUUGAUCCAACAUUGGGAGGCAGGAUGUUUGAUGAGGUCUUGGUAAACUAUUUCACUGAAGAGUUUGGUAAAAAAUACAAGCUGGAUAUCAAAUCAAAAAUUAGACCUUUGCUGCGCCUUGCUCAGGAGUGUGAGAAACUCAAGAAGUUGAUGAGUGCAAAUGCUUCUGAACUGCCCCUGAAUAUAGAGUGUUUCAUGAAUGAUAUUGAUGUCUCUGGAUCGAUGAACAGGGGCCAUUUUGAAGAAAUGUGUGACAGUCUCUUAUCUCGAGUUGAACCUCCUCUGCGUAGUGUUUUGGAACAAGCCAAGCUGAAAAAAGAAGAUAUCUACUCAGUUGAAAUAGUUGGUGGUGCCACUAGAAUUCCUGCUGUUAAAGAACGAAUAAUGAAGUUCUUUAACAAAGAAGUCAGCACAACUCUGAAUGCUGAUGAAGCUGUAACCAGAGGCUGUGCAUUACAGUGUGCAAUUCUGUCUCCGGCCUUUAAAGUGAGAGAGUUUUCUAUAACUGAUCUGGUGCCAUACCCCAUAUCGUUGAAAUGGAAUUCCCCAGCUGAAGAAGGAUUGAGUGAUUGUGAGGUAUUCCCGAAGAACCAUGCAGCUCCUUUCUCCAAAGUGCUUACUUUCUAUAGGAAAGAGCCUUUUUCUCUGGAUGCUUAUUACAGUGCACCCAAGGAACUACCCUACCCAGACCCUUCAUUAGGUCAGUUUCAUGUUCAGAAGGUGAUCCCUCAAGCUGAUGGAUCCAGCUCCAAGGUAAAGGUUAAAGUUCGUGUAAAUGUCCAUGGGAUAUUUAGCGUCUCUAGUGCAUCACUUGUUGAAGUCCACAAAAUCGAGGAAGGGGAAGAACCAAUGGAAACGGAUCAAGCAUGCAAAGAUGAUGAGAAAAUGCAAGUUGACCAAGAAGAGGCUAAAUCAGAAGAAAACCAGCAGACGCAGCAAGAAAACAAGACUAACCCUGAUGAAAUGGAGACAACACAGCCUGGGACCAAGGACAAGAAGACAGAUCAACCUCCCCAAGCCAAGAAAGCCAAAGUAAAGACCAACACAAUUGACCUGCCCAUUGAGCACUACCCUCCAUGGCAAUUGGGAAGAGACGUCUUGAACUUGUUUGUGGAAAAUGAGGGCAAGAUGAUAAUGCAAGACAAGCUAGAGAAAGAGCGUAACGAUGCUAAAAAUGCAGUUGAAGAGUAUGUGUAUGAGAUGAGGGACAAACUGUGCACCAUUUAUGAGAAGUUUGUCAAUGAAGAUGACCGUAACAGCUUGAUUCUCAAGCUGGAAGACACUGAGAACUGGCUGUAUGAAGAUGGAGAAGAUCAGGCCAAGCAAGUUUAUAUAGAUAAAUUGAAUGACCUGAAGAAUUUGGGGCAGCCAAUUCAGACACGCUAUCAGGAGUCUGAAGAAAGACCAAAAUCAUUUGAAGAGCUGGGAAAACAAAUUCAGCUUUAUAUGAAAGUGAUUAACGCCUUCAAAAAUAAGGAUGAAGCAUACGACCACCUGGAUCCUGCAGAGAUUGAGAAAGUGGAAAAGAAUGUGAAUGAUGUGAUGGAAUGGAUGAAUAACAAGAUGAAUCUCCAGAUGAAGCAGCAUUUAGCCAUGGAUCCAAUAGUGAAAACCGUAGAGAUUCGAGCAAAAACAAAAGAGUUGACGGGCGUUUGCAACCCCAUAGUCACAAAGCCCAAACCGAAGGUGGAGCCUCCAAAAGAAGAGCAACAGCCGAACGAGCAGAAUGGACCAGUAGACAAUAAUUCAACAAGCCAGGGCCCACAAGCUGCCGAACAGUGCCCCGAUACAGCUGCUUCUGACGCAGAGAAAAAGCUUCCCGAGAUGGACAUUGAAUAAUUUCCAUUAUCUUUCUAUUAUAAAACCGUAUAAUAAAGCUUUAAGUUGUUACCACCAUAUGGCUCCGAAUACAGAUCAGAGAAAAGUGACAGCAAUUUUCUUGUAGUUUCCUAGUCAACCUCCUUUUCUUUCCAGCGUAUUUUUUUCUACACUCUUCGACGUUUGUACAUUUUUGUCAUUUUUCUUUGUUGCUUUAGGAUAAGUCUUUGUUGCUACAGAUGAUUAGAGAUGGCUGGGUCUUGUCCAUAAACAGACAGGCUUGUGUCUGAAGUUACAACAGAUCUGUAGCUUAAUGUAGUAGGAUUCAUGGUCUAAAAAAAAAAAUUCGCUGAAAAGCAUCUGACCCCAAUAAAAGCAACACUCCUGUGUUCUAAGCGUUUUUAAGACUUUUUAAAGAUGAAGUCUUGGUUUGCAUCUCUUUUCUGUAUGCCGCACUUACGCCCUGAUGACAUCUGGUUGAUCUCAGCCUCUUGCAUGGCAGACUGGUUGCUUGGUGAGGUUAGUAAGAAAUGGAGUAUUAAAACCCAGCAUUGUCCACGUGUCUUCUGUUAGUAAAAAAAACCUAUGUUCUUGAUAUUGAGGAGCUGAAAUCUGCUCUCACUUGUUCCCUAAGUAUUAAGACUUACAUUCUAUAUCUAUACAAGGCAUAUAAUAUGUGUUCCAAUCCACUGCUUGACAACUUCUGAAUGGAAGAAUCCUAUGUUUAUAAAAUGUUACAGAAGAUCUUAAAUAUUGGUUAACAUAUGGAAGACAGAGAACCAUGUUUAGUUGAAUCGGAAAACCACAGGCACUCCUGGGGGGGGGGGAGUCAUGAAUGUAUUGUUUUGGAGCUGGGGGUUUAGUGUUGAUAGUCACUUGAAGGGUGCUUGUGGAUUCACUUGGACCCAUGCAGUGCAGCUUACCUGUCAAUCAUCCUUCAUGUUAUUUUAAACAUGGGGCGAGUAAUAAGUAAAUGUUUUGUGGUAUAGCUUUCUGGUAACCAUAUUGGUCCCAGGAGAAAACUGGAUUCUCUGUUAAGCACAUAGAAAUUGUAUUAGAGAUGCUGUACAUAGAUUAUUUCAACCAAAUUGAAAUGUCAUGUGCAACAUGUAUACGUAUUUUUAUGUUUAAGAAGUGCACACCAGAUAGAAAUCAAUUAUAUGUAUUUUUUUUUUUUUAAUUGUUCCAGAAUUGAACACCUUCAGCAGAUUUCAUCUGAAAAUAAACAUGCUGGGUUGCAA